AUGUCGGCAAAGAAUGCAAAGCGGCAAUGGGACCAAACCAUGGCGUCGAGCGGUCUGGCGGUCCCCGGAAGUGCCAAGGUAUCGAGGAAGCGCUUCUCUGGGCGGACGGUAAAGAUCUCGAAAGCCAUGAAGCACGUGGACGAGGAAACGAGGCGACAGGUCCGGAAUGCGCGGUUGGACGCGUUAGAAGCGGACAACUACAUGGAAUCCACGGACGGUGCAGACGAAGACAUGUUUGUGCUGGACGACGACGACGAUGCCAAGAAGCCCACCAAGCCGAAGAGUAAAGCCAAGGCCAACAAGCAUCAAGUGCCGCAAGCACUCGGUCGUCAUCGCAUGGUGCGCAAGGUGAAGAGCUUACGUCAGCUGAUCUUCGAAGAGUGUGGGGACGGUAUGUCCUCAACCGACAUCAACUACGUGACGGCGGCCGUCAAGCCCGCCAAGACCCCUCCGCGGCACUUUUGCUGCGUCUGCGGACUGCUUUCUUCGUACACAUGCGGUCGAUGCGGCUCCAAGUUUUGCUGUGUUCGCUGCGGCAACCAGCACAAAGAGACGGGAUGCCUCAAGUUUAACAUGUGACUGUUACUGGUGAAGCGUAUAGCGAAG